UGAAUAAGGCUAAGGUUAAAGAACUAGGAGAUCUGCAAAACACACCAGAAAUUCUUCAUAAUUGGAUUCCAAUUUUUUAAAAAGCCUUUCCCUUUGAAACCUGAACUGUAGCCAUCAGUCCAUGAGCCAGGAUAUUGCUGGCUAAAACUCCAUUUCAUUCUAUCUUGGCAGUGUGGAUAUGCCUGAAAGUAGCUGACUGCCAGUGGCAUUGAUAACUGUGACUGUGCAGAAAAGAGAGAGAGAGAGAGAGAGAGAGAGAGAGAGAGAGAGAGAGAGAGAGAGAGAGAGAGAGAGAGAGAGAGAGAGAGAGAGAGAGAAGAGCUCUGAUGAAAGAGACAUAGAGGGAAAAGGGAGCCUGUUUGCUGGAGAGAGACAAGAGUGAAGGAUCCGGAGGGAGGGGUUGCAAAAGGGAGAUUUUUAUUGGAAGCAGUUAAAGUGGUUGCUAUGAGACCUGCUCCAGCAAACAGAGGCACAGCAGCCAGCCUGAAACUGAUUGUUCUUAUCUCUUUUACGAAAUCUUUCUUUUUACACAGUUUCUGAGUUGUUUAAUAUCCUAGCAAGCACCUGACAGUGGAGAGUUUCUCCUCCCCCCCCCCCCACUCCAUCCUGCUCUCUCUCUUCUUCCUUCUCCCGUACUACUUCUUCAGUUCUUGCUAUAAAAUGGAGAUAGAAAAUGAGACCAUCUGCUCCUCCGGCAGCUCCUCAGGAGGGUCCAGAGAGUACAAGGUGGUGAUGUUGGGAGCAGGGGGAGUUGGUAAAAGCGCAAUGACAAUGCAGUUUAUCAGUCAUCGGUUUCCUGAUUAUCAUGAUCCUACCAUAGAAGAUGCUUAUAAGACCCAGGUUCGGAUUGAUGAUGAGCCCGCAUAUCUGGAUAUUCUGGAUACUGCUGGUCAGGCAGAAUUCACAGCCAUGCGGGACCAGUAUAUGAGAGGUGGCGAAGGCUUCAUCAUAUGCUACUCUGUCACUGACCGACAGUCCUUCCAGGAAGCUGCUGGGUUUAAAGAACUCAUUUAUCAGGUCCGCCACACCUAUGACAUUCCUUUGGUGCUAGUGGGGAACAAAAUUGAUCUAGAGCAGGCCAGACAGGUGUCCACUGAGGAAGGCUUGAGUCUGGCCCGAGAAUAUACCUGUGCAUUCUUUGAGACAUCUGCAGCCCUGCGCUUCUACGUUGAUGAUGUUUUUUAUGGCUUGGUGAGGGAGAUCCGCAAGAAAGAAUCCAUGCCAUUGCUGAUGGGGAAAAAGUUGAAAAGAAAAGAUAGUCUUUGGAGAAAGUUAAAGGGCUCUCUGAAGAAGAAACGGGAAAACAUGACCUGACCCUUCAGCCUGUGACUAACCGACUACUCCUCUUUCUCUCUCUAGAGCUGAUCAGUCUGACAAUUGCAGAAGUAGCAAUUCAUUACAUACCCUCUUAUUCUCCACAUCCCCCCUUUUAAUUCAACUCUGCCUAUAGGUAAAAGCAAGAUCUUCAUAUCUGUAUUUCCUGAGGUGAUUCUGUUUUGUCUUUAAGAUUUGGAUAGAUUUUGUCAAUCUACCGGAUAUGCUGUUUAUUUUUUACAAUAUAUCACUAAAUAAAAUUGACAUUCCAAUUGCCUCAUUUCCCUUCAAA